AUGUCCAAAGAAGGGGCUGGCAGUUUGAAGACCGAGGAUGAUAAAUGUUCCGUUAUUACUGUGGACUCAGGCAGUGAUGAAGAUCUUGACUGCUUUAUAACUGGAGUGAACAUGAAGAAGGAGAACGUCAGCUGCAUUGUGAUUGACUCAGGCUCUGAUGAUGACUACCUCCCUGAGAAAAAGAGACUUAAGAUACAUGACAAAAAUGAGAGUAAGAAACUUUCUGGCACUAGUAAGCAGUUGACCAAUGAGUCUCCAAUAUGUAUCCUUGAUGAUGAAGAUGAUGAUUUGGAGAACCCUGUGGUGAUAAAAGAUGGUUCGUGUGAUCAGGACAAAAUUGUCAAAAAAAAGGAAAAGGAGGAUGAGUUUACUGUUACCCAGCACAAGUUAUCUUCUGUAGCUGGUAAGCAGAAUCUUCUGAAGAAUCACCACCAGCUGCCAAAUGAUCGUAAAGCUAAACCAGAGAUUUUAGAUAGAAAGUUGUCAACUAAUGGAAAGCCUAUGCCUGUCGUGGAACAACCAAGGAAAAGGAAAUAUAAAACCAAAAACAUAACUGUGCCACCUGCUGUUAAAGAACGAAAGAAGCGUAAGCCUUCAAAGAAGAAACCCGAGACAGUGAAAUUUGAAAAAUCCAAGCGUGGGAAUUCUCAGUGCAAAAUACCUGGAUGUUUCUUUCAUGACCUUGAAAACUUAAAGCGGUAUUCUGGAAAGAAUUACAAACAAAAUAAGGAUGAACUGAUUCAGAAAAUCUACAGUCUGCUUAACAGCUCUGUCUUUGAUCAAAAGAUGCCGGAGAAAAUUGACAUUGGCUGGAGCAAAAAGAUGCUGAGAUGUGCUGGCUUAUGCACCACUGGCAAGCUUCGAUACCCUAAGAGACAGCGUUAUGCUAAGAUUCGGAUUUCUCUGAAAGUCUGCGACUCUGCAGACCGACUCCGAGACACUUUGAUCCAUGAGGUAUGCCAUGCAGCCUGCUGGCUGCUCGAUGGCGUCUGUGAUUCUCAUGGUGACAUGUGGAAGUAUUAUGCCCGAAAAUUGAAUAUGGUGCACCCGGAGUUGCCCAAGGUCACCCGUUGCCAUAACUACAAGAUUAACUACAAGAUUUAUUACGAGUGUACUCAGUGCAAAUCCAGGGUUGGGCGCUACAGCAGAUCAUUGGAUACCACCCGCUUCAUGUGUGCCAAGUGCACAGGCUCUCUGGUCUUGUUGCCACUAACUCGGAAGGAUGGAACCCCCAUUCAGCCCCACGUGAGGCCAUUUGCCAAAUAUGUACAGGAGAAUUACAGAAAAGUUAAGAAGGAGACAGAAGGGAUAAGUCAUGGGGAUGUGAUGAGAAAGCUUAGCAAGGAUUUUAUUGCCAAAAAACAAAGUCAGGGUCUUUGA